AUGCUCUACUUAUGUGUUCAGGAGAAACUAUGUGAAGAGUUAAAGUCACCAAAUGGAUACGAUAUUAUUGGCACGGUGGUAUAUCGACUUGUGGACAAUGGCGCUGGCAAUGCAAAAUUGGACGCCAUGCCCCUGGACUUUGUGCAGCUCAAAGAAAGGCACACAGGCGAAUACCUGGCGCGCAUGAUAUGUGGUAUUGUUUCCAACAAUGCAAGUAACAACGAGACGAUGAUUUCAGAGUUGGAAAGACUCAAUUGGAAACAAUUUAAGGGCGAGGAGCAGUGGAUCAGGUGCUUUGCACAUAUUGUCAAUCUGAUUGUCCAGGCCAUCCUUCGACCCUUCGCUCGGAAGAAAUCGUUCCUUGGAAUCUCUUUGGAUGGGGAUUGA